CCUCCUAUCCAAUCGAUACCUCCGUCGCCUGAACUUUCAAGCAAUUUCCAGGAAAAAGUUAGUAUCAGUACCGAUUCUCAACAGUCUAAUAAACAACCUGAAGCACCUGAUGAAUGUGAUGAUCUUA